AUGUCCGACAGUCCUAUGUAUUGCAAUUGUAAGCUAGGGCCGGUGAAUGUGUCCCUUAACAACUACCGGUACCGCCCCACCGCCCGCUGUCUGGUGGAGUCCAGUAGACCCACCUCAUUACUGGAUGCUCUGGUGAGAGAGGCGGUUACUCAGCACACAGACACUGGUCACUCUCAGGCCAUCAUAUGCAGUGGUGAGAGUGGGAGUGGUAAGACAUUUUGUGCCAUGCACAUGUUACGUCAGCUGUUUGACCUGGCCGGUGGGGGAUCCGAGACGGACGCCUUCAAGCACCUGUCUGCCACACUGACCGUCCUCAGAUCUCUGUGUUCAGCCACCACAGUCACAAACUCCGAGUCAAGCCGAGUAGGUUUCUUCAUCGAGAACUUCAUCACAGAUUCAGCCAUUUACAGAACAAAGAUACACUCCUACCUGCUGGACAGGGACAGGGUGUGUUCAGUUCAGCAAAAUGAAAGAAACUACCACAUUUUCUAUCAGAUGUUAGCAGGUCUAGGAUCUGAAGAAAAAGCCAAACUUCACCUGACAGGGUACUCCAUGCAUAACCUUAGCUACCUCAGUCUCGGUAACACUCAUAUAUGGAACGAAAUGGAGGAAAAGUCUCGAUUUGAUGCAUGGAAGAAUUCUUUGGGUGUACUUGGGAUUCCAUUCUCUGAUGUCAUGAGGAUUUUCUCUGCCAUCUUGUUGCUGGGUAACAUAGAAUUUAUGGAAGGCACUGGAAUGGAACUAGAUAUUAUUGGGAACAAUGAAAUCAAGGCAGUGGCAGCAUUACUAGGGGUGUCUGGGGUAGCUCUUUACAGAGGAUUCACAACUCGGACUCGAAACACGCGAGGUCAGCUGUGUAAAUCACUGGCAGAUGCCUAUACAGCAAAUGCCACAAGAAAUGCUUUAGCAAAAGCAUUGUACAGUAGAACUAUUGCAGCCAUAUUAAAAAGAGCCAACAGUUUAAGGCGACCUAAUAUCAACUCUUCACUGUCUGGCAGCACAGAAUCAAAUCUUCAUCAUGUUGAUCCAGGAGGGGUGUCUUUCUCAGAUCAGGUGUUUUCAAGAAGUUCAUCCAUUAGAUCUGGUUAUGAGAAAACGAAAUAUGAUGGGUUUAUUAGCAUCAUAGAUAUGUUUGGAUUUGAAACAGCACAGAGAAACCAGCUAGAGCAGUUUUGUGUUAACUUGUGUGCUGAGACCAUUCAGCAUUUCUACAACACACACAUAUUCAAGAGCACCAUGCAGGCCCUGAAGGAUGAAGAUAUUCAGAAGAGUUAUCAGAGGAAUGGAAUUCUUAGCAUUCUGGAUAUUGAGUGUGCUCAACCUAGAAGUAGUGUUGAGAUCUUCACAACAAAAGUAAAAGCUCACCACAGAGUCAAUAACUAUUUCUUUGAGCCUUUACCAAAGGCCGAUGCUGUCUUUGGUAUCCGCCAUUUUGCUGGCAGAGUGGUGUAUGAUACCAACACUUUCCUGGAGAAUAAUCGCGACACCCUACCAGAUGAUGUGGUGGCUGUAUUCUCUAAACAGAACUGUAACUUUGGAUUCGUGUCUCACCUUUUUGCUCAGGAAAACAAACCAAACACUGGUGAUUUAGGCUCAGGGCCGCAAGGAUUGAAGUACAGAAUCUUGCCAAAUUCUUCUGACUCCAAGUUAAAUGGAACAAGAGGCACUCUUACUUCUGAUUUCCAAACCAAGCUAGACAAUCUGUUGAGGACUCUGAUGCAUGCCAAACCUCACUUUGUCCUCUGCUUAAAGUCCAAUGACCGGGGGGAGAUGGACAUGUUUGAUGGAGACGUCAUCAUCCGACAGCUCAGGUCAUUACAAGUGCUGGAAACGGUCCAUCUGAUGGCUGGAGGUAUUCCCCACAGAAUGAGAUACAAGUCAUUUAACAACAGAUAUAAGAUUUUUUUUGGUCACAUGAAGCCUUAUCAACUGGACACACAGCAGGACCAAUGCAAGGCCAUACUCAACAGUUUUCUGAAGGCAAUGGAUGAAAGCAAGCUUCCUUACGUCAGCACACAGUGGAUGUUUGGUAAAAAACACCUCUUCUUCAGUGAGGGAACACGGCAGCAGUUAGAGGCAAUGAGAGCAGAAAAAAUCAACAAGGCAGCAUCAAUUAUACAGGCUUAUUGGAAAGGUCUACAAUGUCGCAAAAACUGGACAAAGAGAAGAAAGCAGCUUCUGUCUGAUAGGGAGUCUGUAAAGUCAUCUCAAACCAGCUCCACUCGGAAAUCAAACAAAUCCAAGAAAAUAGGCAUUAUAAGGAAAGAUGAAAAUCUACUACAGCAAGCAUCAAAGUAUUACAACAUAUGUUUGGAGACUGCCCCUUCCAUUCCCCCCAACAGAUCCUACUGUGUAGCUGGGAAAAAUGUCAGGUUAGGAUAUCCUCAUCAUAGGAUCAUGAAGGAUAAUUUCCCAGCAGAGGGAUCUGUGAAUGGAGCGGUGCUUUCCCGGGGGGAGGAGGUGGAUGUUGUAGGUCCGUCCUCCAAACGAGGACAUCUGAUAGUGAAAAACAAGGACGUGGUGAUGGACGUACCUUACCAUCUACUGGACCUCCAGACAAUCCCAGAACUACCAGCAAUGGACAUAUGACAAUCAAACCUGCAGAAAAAUAGUGCAAUUAUUCAUAAAACAGUUUUAAAUCAUGGUUUAGCAAAUACUUGUUAGUAAUUUAUUGAUGUAUGUAUGCAUAUUUAUUUAAGUUGUUUAAUGUGCAAAUCCUGUUGAUUCAUCCAUGUACAAUAUUAUAUGAUUUUAAUGAUUGCAUUUUCAGUUUUAUGUCAUCCUAAAAAUGGCUUAAGAUUGAUUGAUUUUUCAAACUUUUUAUAUGAAUUUCAGAAGUUGGUUAUUUUUUUUGUUGUUGACAAAAUAACUAUACUACUGUACACAUGCUUUAACUACCUUUUCCAUUAUCAAGAAAAGUUACACCUUGAUUUCUCAAGGUUAACUGGAAUGACAAAAAAGAUUUUCAAAGGUUUGAAAUUUUGAAGUCAAGAAAUGUAUAGACUGGUUAGAACCAUAAGCUCUCACUUUGAUAUCCACAAUUUUUUCCACUUGUAAGUCUUUGAGAUACUAAGGUUCAACUGUAAUAAAAAUCACUAGAUUAUUCACUUUAUUGGAGGAUAGUAGAUUGUCUUCACCAUAUAUUUGGAAAUCUAUAAUCCUAUAUAUGACUUCUUGUAUCUUUUAAAUAUUUUUUCAAUUGAUAUAUGUAUCCAAAUGGGUUACCAUAAUGAUAUUGAAACCUUGCCAUUCACUAUGUAUUUCCAUUGUGCACACUGCUUGCCUCAUUCAGGAUGUGGCAUUAUUUAUAUUCCAUUUUAUAAUCAAAUUAUUAUGUAUGAAAAUGUGUUCUGUAU